AUGUCAUACGUCACUGUUAUUUGUGUACGUGCUGAUGAACAUCUAUCAUCUAUCCAACAUCCAAUAAAAAUGUCAGGGUUUUUAGUUCGUGUACGUCCUUUUGUAAGAACUGUCAGAGGAUUUAGAACCAAUUCUAUUCUACGAAAUGUUAAACCAGAACCAUCAACCUCAGGAGCAAAGCCUCAGGAAGCAUCUGACGCUAAAUAUGUAAUUAAUGAACAUCAUCUUUCAAAUUUCGAAAAAAGAAUUUUGGUUUUCGCAAAAAAGUAUCCCAGUGUAAAAGAUGUACCUGAUAAAAUUUCGGCAGAGGUGAUGCAAAAUUGUAUGAGUAAAGCCCGAAUCCGCCUAGCUAAUUAUAUGAUGGCUUUAACAGCUCUAAGUUGUUUAACAAUUGUCAUUAUGGGUAAUUUGAAAAAGAAGGACAAAAUGGAAGAAAUGAAAGCCCAACAUGAUGACUUCCGCCGACAGAUAACGGCUGAAUUUAGAGAGAGUGUGAAACACGAUGCUAACAAAUAA